GGGAACUGCCGCGUAAGUCGCGCCGCGCGUCAAUUGUUUUUCUUGCGCACUUUCCCGCCAAAUGUUUUCAAGUUUUAAUAAUUAAUUACAAAAAUUAUUCAAUAAUAAUUAAAUUCUAUAAUUCAUUAUAAUGACGGUUAAAUUUUGAGAAAUUGAUUAACUACCUACUAUAUAUAUAUAAGUUUUUUAAAGUCACAAAUUUUCGUAUAAUUGGAACUUCUUAUAUUAAAUUGAUAAUACUUAUGAGCACUGUCGCAAUGAAAAUGGAAAUAAAGGCUGAUGUGCACACGGUGCACCCAUCAUCAGCCAGCAGCGGUCCCGAGGCUCCAACGUGCAAACCCUACGGGUCAUGGUGCACGCCCGAAGCCACUCCACACCACGCCACGUUGACUCACACGAAUUCGAAUAUUGAAAGCAAAGCAGAAAUACACGAGGAACAUAAUAAUGCAAAGAAUGUGUUUUUCCAACUGCAAAAAAUCCGCCUGUUCUCGUCGCCACCACCGAAGUACAACUCCAUAAUUGAUGUGAAGGAAGCGGCCACUGAACUCAAAGAUUUCAAGGUUCCUCAAUCUAGGGGCAAUUCCAUUAAAAGAUGCUCACCAGUUCUAGAAAAGUCCGUAUCAUCCAUAGAAAUCCCUCAGAGCCCUGUGCCAUCCUCACCCUUGAGGGAGAAAAAAUGCAAAGGGCUACUCCGCUUGCUUCCCUUAUGCGACCCAUUCGUGCCGAUCGACCCACAAGGUCGCGGCUACAUCAGCUGGCUGAUGUUGGUCACCUUCUGCUACAGUUACAACGCGUGGUGCAUCGCCUUGCGGGCUACCUUCCCCUACCAGACCCCUGAGAACACCCCCCUGUGGAUGACAACUGACUAUCUGUGUGACCUGAUAUACUUGGUCGAUGUGGCGCUCGUGAAGCCCAGGCUGAUGUUCCUGCAUGAAGGGUUCUGGGUGAAUGACGCGGGGGAGACUAGGAGGAAUUAUAGAAAGAAGCUGCAAUAUAAGUUCGAUGUGAUCUCGCUUCUACCGCUAGACAUCCUGUACCUCUACUUCGGCACGCACAUGGUCAUCCUGCGAGCGCCGCGCUUACUCAAACUGCAGACCUUUUGGGAGUUCCAUCAGGCCAUGGACAGGGUGCUGUCGUCGCCUUACGUCGUCAGAAUUGGCAAAACUCUCUUCUACAUCUUUUACCUGAUCCACCUAAACGCCUGCGCUUAUUACGCCAUGAGCAACUACAUCGGGCUGGACUCCAACGGCUGGGUCUACGACAACAAAGGGAACGCCUAUAUCCGCUGCUUCUACUUCGCGACCAAGACCGCGACCUCUAUCGGAAAGAACCCCAAACCUGAGAAAACUGAGGAGUACCUGUUCAUGACGGCUGCUUGGUUGAUGGGUGUGUUUGUGUUCGCGCUUCUGAUUGGCCAAAUCAGGGAUAUUAUUGCCACCGCCACAAGAGCGAGAACGGAAUACCGCAAGAAAGUGGACAGCACCAGUCGCUACCUGCGCCAGCUGAACAUGCCGGUCGCUCUUCAACGACGGGUCACCUGCUGGUUCAACUACACCUGGAGCCAGCAGAGAUGCUUCGACGAAUCAAAGAUCCUGAAUUCUCUCCCCUACAACAUGAAGAGGGAUGUUGCGCUGGCCGUCCACAUGACUACUUUGAGCAAGGUGGAGCUGUUCAGCAACUGCUCGGCGUCGCUGCUGCGCGACCUGGUGCUGCAGCUGCGGCCCGUGUCGUUCCUGCCCGGGGACCGCGUGGUGCGCGCGGGGGACGUCGGCCACCAGAUGUACAUCAUCAAGUCUGGCGAGUGCUGUGUAAUGUCUCCUGAUGAUAAAGAAGUAUUGGCGACACUUAAAGAGGGCAUGGUGUUUGGAGAGAUCAGUCUCUUAGGAAUAGAAGGUCUUCGGCGGCGCACAGCCACUGUCAUAUCGCGCGGCUACUCCAGCCUUUUCGCUUUAUCACGCAACGACUUGGAAGCUGCCCUUAAAUAUCACAAAGAAGCUGCCCAGGUCCUCCGUCUCCGAGCAGACCAGAUCAUCAGGCAGAACGCCGCUAGACAGGCUAAGCAGCGACUGGCCAUCCUGGAAGCCAAGAAAUCCAACCACUCCGAAACGUCAGGAGUGAGGAACAGACGGCUGUCGAGUGCCAGCAGUAACGACAGCAGCCUGCCGGAGAAGCGACACAGGAGCGCCAGCGCGCUGUCCCACAACAAGAGGAGGCUAUCUGCUGUCUCGGAAAAUAAGCAGGUACAUUUUGAGCGACCAUCGAAUGCUUCAGCCUGCAGCCGCGGCCCGUUACCAACCAUUGUUCUGUCCAGCGAAUGCGAGUGAAACACUAGCCGAUCACCAGAGGAUCUUUUUCGAAUAUCGAUGUUAGGUGUAUAUUGAUGUUAUAGAUCAUUGUUGAUUUUUAUAAUAUAAUAAAUCAAGCAAGACUCUCGAUCGAGUUAUAAUAAUCGAUUAAAAUAAUCGAACUUUGGGCCUAACACAAAUUGUGAAUUAGAAGCUAUGGAAAUUUUUACUAUUUGUAAUUGAGGAAACCUAAAGUUUAAGCGAAAGAUAAAUUACUUCCUAUUUUAUUAACGAAAUGUAAGAAUUUAUUCAUGUUAUACGUAGUACUUAAAAAUUGUAUACCUAUCGAUAAUAAAUAAUUUCAAUUUCAGUAUAUAGAUAGGCAUUUUACUUGCGUACCACGUUGGGCGCCAAAAUUUCUAAAUGUGGUCUCAAUUUCGAUAAUUUCCUUUUUGUUUCUACUCUUUUUUAAAGUUUGUAGAUAUAUUUCGAUAAAUAUAUAGAGAUAGAGUAAGCUAAGUAUAAUUAACAGGCUCUAAGCCGUAUUUUGUAUACCUACAUGUUUUACUAGUCAUUAGGAAAACACAAAAAUGCUCAAAAGGGCAAUAUUAUCAAAUCGUAGUAUUCACAAUUACCUCUAUCAAUAUAAUUAUCUCUUUUUCAUAAAUUUCUCGUUCAGAUCUAAGUUAUUUUGAAAUUAAAGUCCAUCAAAGAAUAAUAAAAUGAUUUAUACAUGUAUAACUACCUAAAAACUAAGUUUAUUUAUUAUUCAAUAUUAAAACAGGAAUAUUUAUGUAAAUGAAUGAAGAUUUAGAUAUCAUACUACGUACAAUAAA